CAUAUGUGAGGGGUGAUGAGCAGAGUACAGAGGACAUUCCUACAGAUAACCGCCCAGAUGACUGUACCAGGAACUUAGAGAAACAUCUGGUAUCUUCAGAUUUUGAAGUAGAUGAUUGUGGUAUCACACGAGAUACAUUUGAAGAGCAUGCCAAUAUGCAAGAUAUACACUCAUCCAAUCACAGCAACAAUGCAUCAUUUGAUCCUUUUAAACAGGUCCGAUCUGAUUCAUUACAGACUGUAACACAGAAUAAAAGUCACAGAAGAGGUGCUAACAAUCAAACAGCUCACGUAAAAGAGAAACCAUUUUCAUGUUCAGAAUGUGGGAAAUGUUUUAAGUAUAAAUCAUAUUUUGUUGUACAUCAGAGAAUUCACACAGGGGAGAAGCCAUUUUCAUGUUCAGAAUGUGGGAAAUGUUUUAACCAGAAAUCAGAACUUGGUAUACAUCAGAGAUUUCACACAGGGGAGAAGCCAUUUUCAUGUUCAGAAUGUGGUAAAUGUUUUCACACAAAAUCAAAUCUUGUUGUACAUCAGAGAAUUCACACAGGGGAGAAGCCAUUUUCAUGUUCAGAAUGUGGGAAAUGUUUUGAGCAUAAAUCAGCUCUUAUUCCACAUCAGAGAAAUCACACAGGGGAGAAGCCAUUUUCAUGUUCAGAAUGUGGAAAA